AUGGCAGAGGAAGCACCGGCAGCAGCGGCACCGACCAAGUCGCCGGGGAAGAGCAAGAAGAGGACGGGAAAAGCGGCUGGGAAAGGAGGAACCCCCAUCGCUAAAAUGAUCCUGGAUGCCGUCUCGGCGUCAAAGGAGCGCAAAGGUAUUUCGACCGCCGCGAUCAAGAAAAUUCUGGCCAGUAAAGGCACGGACGUCAGCAAGGCGAACAAGCGCAUCAACACCGCUAUCAUCCGCUUGGUGGCCAAUGGAAAGAUUGUCCAAACGAAAGGAGUAGGUGUGUCUGGUUCCUUCAAGCUGGCCAAGGUGGAAGCGGCACCUAAGAAAGACAAGGCUGCAAGGAGAUCAACCUCAAAGCCCGCAAAGAAGGGUAUCAAGUCUAGAAAGGCUGCGACAUCGCCUAGCAAGAGAAAGAGUAUCAAACAGGUGAGGAAAGCAAAGAAAUCCGACAAAAAGGGCACGCCUAAGAAAAAUAAGCCAGCAGGCAGCCCUAAGAAGACCGCAGCCAAGGCUAAUAAAUCGAAAGAUAAGCGGGCUAAGAAAGAAGUCAAAAGAGCAAGGAAACCUGUUGUGAAGAAGGCAGCAGGCAGGAAAGUAGCAAAGAAACCUGCACCCAAAAAGUCUGCUAAAAAGUGA